AUGAAAUUUCUUCAUCUUAUUGUUGGUUCAUCUGCUUUAGUCGGAAGUGUUUUACUGGGCAAUCCUUGUCCAAAUUGUUAUGUAUUUUGUUCUUGUGCAGACAAUGGUAGUUCAACACUGACCCUGGGAGAUCUUUGUAUUAAAAGUGUGUUACCUUCAAGUUUACAAAAACCAUAUGUGCUUUAUAAUGAGGAUUUGGAAGGAGAUGUUCAUUUUUAUGAUACUUUACCAAAAAAUUUAGUUCUCAAUACAAAUCAAGUUUUAGUUCAUUCCAUAAACAAUGAUGGUAUUUACACAGUGCUUGUUUCAAAAGGUCCGGAUGUUAGCUCAAACUUACCACUUUCAAUAAAAAAUGAAACUCCAUGUAAAUAG